GAUGAGCUCAGAGGCAGAAGAGGAAGGAAAUGGAGCUGCGGGCGAGGGAGGUGUGGAAGGUGAUGCCGGCGACUCGGGUGAUGGGCAAGCAGGGGUUAUAUUUGUGUUGGAAAAGGCUUCUCUGGAGGCGGCGAAAGUGGGUAAGAACUACCAGCUGCUGAACUGCGAUGACCAUGCAUCGUUUCUACGCAAACACAAGCGGGAUCCCCAGCUCUACCGACCAGACAUCACGCACCAGUGUCCGAGUUUCCACUGAGUGCGGCCUGCUGUCUGAGCAAGAUUUGCAAUGCGCUGGAACUACAAUGGGGAAUUUUGUGACAUGCAACGAAGAGCCGCGGCGGUUUUAUGAGUACUCAAACAGCCUGACGGAACGCAGAGAGCACAAGAUUGCGACUAUAACUGUAAAUUAUCAGUUGUACCCUGCUGGAUCCCAUGCAUGAUGUACAGCAUUUUUGCCGUCUGAUUUGGAUGUCCAUCGCCACGGUCACCAAUGUUCAGCAGGCUCAGCAAAGUCGAAGAUAAAACGCAUAUGGACUCUUGAGGGGUAGGUCCCGCUCUCUGUUCUCUCCUAUACCCUAAAUGAUAGGCGAUUGUUAGUUGUGUUUGGUGAGAAGUCCUCCGGCUUAGGUAGUGUGCACUUUAAAACCUAGUUUUUUGACAUAGGUUUUGGCUGAGUGAGGUUAACCGGUCCAUCGGGACGUAGCGUCAGAGCAUCCUUUUUUUUUUUUUUUUUUUGUUCCCCGCGGAUUUCGAGUUGCAAGGGCUUCAACUUUUCUAGUGAUGUAUGUGUCAGAGCAUCGUUUUUUUCCCCCGCGGAUUUCGAGGAGCAUCUUGAUUCCUUUGGGACAUCUGUUAAAAUUGGAACGGUACAGAGAAGAUUGAUUAGCAUGGCCCCUGCGCAAGGAUGACAUACAUAAGUCGAGAAAUGGUCCUUUUUUUUUGGAAAAAAAAAAAGGGUGAAGAAGAGGGGAAAAAAAGGAGCAUCUUGAUUCCUAACAAAGAUUGCUUUUCUGG